UUGUAUGUGACGUCAGUACGGCGUGGCGGCGACCUCGUGCGCCGCUGUCAACGGUCACCACCAGCCCGACAGACGGCACAGUCACCACCAACACCACCAACACGCGGACGUACCACCUCAAUGGUUGAAGCCGUCAGAGACUUGUCAAUUGUACACUGCACUAUGUACUGUGCAAGUGAACAGCAAGUUCUACCUGACACACUGUUAGAGAGGGACGGAUGUAUACAUUGGACGUAUAAGAGAGAGAGGGACGGAGACACGACAGAUGUUCCCGUAUGA